AUGUUGGCUAAUGAGGCGCAAGUGUACGACUCCCUACCCAGAUACUUGAAGAAGACCUGGAGCGGAUAUCAUUACAUGGAAGAGGCUGAGUACGACGGCUCAGGAACCAACCCACUCCCAGCUGUAGUCUCUCAGUGCUACGGAUAUUAUGUUCUUGCAGACCCAAAGGAUCAAGAAAUCUUCAGUUCUUUGCUUUUGGUGGAGGAGUGCGGUGAACCGAUUCAGACUACCAAGUUGGAAGCAUGCGACAGGGAGCUGAUCUUUUCUUUUGCCGUUCGUCUGCAACAUGCCGGAUUCGUCCAGGGAUCUAUCGCCCAGUGA